UUGUCCAAGAUGGCGGAAACAGCUAAAAAAGCUAAAAAGAAAAAGGGGAAGACUUUGGCCCUGACCGAGUUCUUGGCAAAAGAUGGCGAAAACGGAUCGUCGACUGUUACUCAUGCGGCUAUAUACUCAGCUAGAUCGACGAGCUGGGCGGACGAAAGUGAGAGCCUAAGCACUGAAGUGGACACUACAUGGCCUGAAGAGGCUUAUGGGGGAAUCUCUACAGGCAAUAAACUGCGUGCAGCAAUGGAUAGGGCCUCUCUUCCAACUGCACCAAGGGCAUCCAGAGGCCCUGACAUAGAUGUUACCAAAGUUCCUGAUGAUCCCCCUUACACAGCAUUUCUUGGAAACCUUUCAUACGAUGUUGACAGGGAUGACAUCUUUGAGUUCUUUGCCGGCAAAAAGAUCACUGAAGUGAGGCUCCCCCAAGACAGUAAUGGGCGACUUAAAGGGUUUGGCUAUGCAGAGUUUGUGGAUAAGGAGUCUCUUGUGGCUGCUUUAACUCUAAACAAUGAGCAUCUGAAGAACAGAAGAAUACGAGUCGACGUUGCUGGACAACAACAACAGCAAGAACGCGAGCGCGGUGACCGGGAUCGGAGUAAUGAACCUGAUCGCACAGAUAGUGAUUGGCGAAGCAAACCCGAACCUCCCCCAACCCAGAAUGGUAACAACGACAGAUAUAACGACGAUGGUGGAUCCCGUGAUCGUUGGGGUCCUCGAGGAUACGACGGUGGACCUCGGGAUAGAUCGGGUUACCGAGGAUAUGACGAUGGACCUUCUUGGGACAGAUCAGGUGGAAGGGACCGAGGGUACGAUGACGGACCUCGGGGCAGAGACCAGGGAUACCAGGACCGCCGAGGAGACGAUCGGUACGGGGACCGUGACAGGGGAAAGGGAUUUGGCAGCAACUGGGAUUAUGGAGACAGAGACAGGCGAGACGACAGAGGUCAAGACCGUUACGAUGGUGGCCGAGAUCGCCCCGAUGAUCGACGAUAUGGAGAUCGUUACGGUGGCGAUCGGGGAGGCGGAUAUGGCCGAGACCGUUACGACGAUCGCCGAGGUGGUGAUCGUUAUGGGGGUGAUCGAGAUCGCUACGGCGGAUAUGGCCGAGAACGCUACGAUGAUCGCCGAGGGGGUGAUCGCUACGAUGAUCGCCGAGGGGGGGAUCGUUACGAUGAUCGCCGAGGGGGUGAUCGAUACGAUGAUCGCCGUGGUGGCGACCGUUACGACGAUCGUCGAGGUGGAGAUCGGUAUGGUGACAGAGAUCGAAGGCGUGACAACGAUGACCGCGAGAGAAGCUCAUGGCGUGACUUAGACCGUGGUCGCGAUUCAAGGAGCGACUUUGAUAGGGACGAGAGAGAGCCUGUCAGAGAGAGGCCAAGGCUUCAGCUCCAGCCUCGCACUAAACCGGUGGAAGAAAACAAAGACGAAACUGUAACAGACAGUUCUGUGUUUGGCGGCGCCAAACCUGUCGACACGGCCGCGAAAGAGCGAGAAAUCGAAGAGAAACUGGCCCGACAAAAACUUGAAGACGAAGCAAAAUUGAAGGAAGAGAAAGAGAGACAGAGAGAACGACGAGAGCGUGACGAAUGGCCACGAGGCUCCAGUGGUCGAGCGCGGCGGGACAGCAAUCGGUCGAGCGACGGAGAAAGGGGAGGGAAAGAUCGACGAGACAACCCGGACUUUCGCAGCCGGCGUGACAGCGCGAGGUCCAGUGACGAGGGUUUUCCAAGCAAGGCAGUCGAGCCCGCUUCUCGGGAUAACUCUCGGGGAGGUGGAAAAGAGGCCAAGGCGGCACCGAAGGAGGCACCUAAGGAUGCUCCACCUCCUGCUGUGAAUGUGUGGACGCAGCGGAUGGAGCAACAGAAAGCGGCAUCGACGGGAACGGCUGAGCCAAAGAGUCCCACCGAGGAGCAUAGAGUGGAGAUCAACGUUGACAGUAGCACCAUGACAGUGACGUCUCCCACCUCUCCCACCUCUCCCACCUCUCCCACUUCCUCAGAGAGAAAGAGUUUCCCCAGCAAACGGUCUGGCCCUCGAAAGGAGUUCAGAGAAGGCGGGGGUCCGCCAAAAGGCAGAGGCAGAGGGAUACGCCCUGAGCGAGGAGAACGAAGCGAGAGAAUUGACAGAGGCGACAGGGCAAGCGUGAAUGGUCCGGACGGAGGUGGUAGAGGAGUGAAGAAGGAGAAGAGGGAACGGAGACCUGCAGAGCCUAAGAAAUACGAGGAGACCCAACAACCGGUCUUCCACACAAAGAGCAAAUUUGCUGCUCUCUUGGAUGAUGAAGAGCCAUCCGAACAGGACACACAAGAACAGUUAGACGCCGAAGACGAGACGUGAUGACAUCUCUCUGUUCCUUUUUUUUAAUAUUAUUACAAGUUGAACAAAUGAAUUGCAAGCCCCAGAUAAAAAACAUUGGUGUAAAUCGUUAGGUCACCCUUCUGCUUUACCAGGGCGCAUGCUAAUUGAUGGAAACCGCUGGCGUUUGUUACGACGUGACCGACUUGAUUUGGUUGUAAGCACGGACACAUUAGGUAGACCAGUGCAAGCCGCAUUUCAUAAAUUUGAACUUUAAUAUAUUUUGGUGAGAUUCUAUGAAUGAGAGGGUUCGACUUUGCAUUUUUCUUUCCUUCGGUCUUAGUAGCUUUGAUGAUAUUUUAAACUACUGGUUUCACUAAUUAUUUUGGACAACUUCGCUGCUACUAAGUUGUUUCUUUCCGUGAAAAUGUUGUUUUUUCGAUUUUUUUUCUAUUGAAGGUGAGAUGGAUUUAACCCUAUUUUCUUAUCUUGACUCGUUAUGCGAUCGCGUAGAUUUGGAUGAAAUUACUUUUUGUGUUGGAAGACGCCUGUUUAAGUGAAGCUUUGUAAGUCUAAAGAGUUUACUUUCGUGAUGUUAGUCUUAAGAGUAGGUUCAUAAUCGAUGAUUGCUGCUAUUAUAUAAGAUAAAAUGUGCACUUUGGUGCAGUUUUAUUUUAUUUUCUACCACAAAAGUGGUAAUUGUGGAAACGGUUAAACGAGGGUUGAAAAUCCGUCCAGUCCUCAUGAAGUGUUUUUCUGGUCGUGGGGGAGGGUAGAGGAACCCUCUCAAACUCAGUGAUCAAAGACUUCUUGUCGUUCGAAACCUCUUUUUUUCUUUUCUUUUUUUUUUUUUCGUAUCACUGAAGUCCAUACCAACUUAUUUAAAUACGAUUACCUUCCCCAGUGAGAAGUUAAAUUUAUUGGCUCGGAGCAGUAAUGAAUGCACUUAACGAUGGUGCAGUGAUUUUAAUAAAAAGUUAUAGUCUUGUUCA